AGAGUUACUUCAGACUCCCCCACCCCCGCGCCUUUUGCAUUGAAGGAAGUUUUAUAUGCACGGGAGGAAAGCAGAUGCGAGCCAAACCGGGAGUCUACUCCCUGGGUGGAGCUGGCAGUCCAAAGGCGCUGUUAAAGAGACGGGCCUGUGUGGCUAUAUAUAAGCAUUUUCCAACGAAACGAAGGAGACCGAGAUACUGCGCUGGCUUCUCGGCAAGAUGUGGAGUAGGAGGUGACAUUGCGAAAUGGCUACGGAGGAGAAAUACCCGACCACCCCUUGCAGCAGAGGCUUUCUUACGCUGAGCCUGCAUUGUACCUAAUAUUUGAGAAAGAAAGUUGGAGAAAUAUCACUGAACCCUUGGGAGAAUAUUGUACAGAAAAGGAAAACAGUGGUGGGCUUCCCUUUUGGAAAAUAAACUUAACUACUUGGCAGCAGUUUUUCUCACUGAUUCCAUCUUAACAGCUAGAGCUUCCUUAAGGUACUUCUCUCCUGCUUGCUCACAGUGCACCUUACCCAGCAAUCAAGAUGAUGCAGAUCUGUGACUCUUACAGCCAAAAACAUUCCCUCUUCAAUGCAAUGAACCGCUUUAUUGGAGCUGUUAACAACAUGGACCAAACAGUGAUGGUGCCCAGUCUUCUUCGGGAUGUGCCUCUCAUGCUGAAUGAACUGGAUUCAGGGGGUGGUUGUGGAGAAAGGGAGCCCCAGUUGACCCCCAAUGGCAGUACCUAUUGUUCUUGCAGAGAUAUGUAUAGUCACUAUAUGUUGCUCAAAUCCAUUCGCAAUGACAUUGAAUGGGGUGUAUUGCAGCAGGCAAAUGAGGAAACCACUGGAAGGAAGAAGGAUAAGCUGAAUGGGAGCUCUGGUGCCAUGGACAUAAGCCGAGGAAUCCCUGAAGAGGAGGAGGUGGAGGAGGAUUUAGAGAAGCAAUUUCAUUAUCACCUGAGUGGGCUUCACACUGUGCUCUCCAAACUUACCCGCAAGGCCAAUGUACUUACCAACCGCUACAAGCAGGAAAUUGGAGUCAACAACUGGGGGCACUGAAUGGGGAGGGGGAAAGCACUGUCUGCCUGUUCUGGUGACAAGUAAAAAAUAAAAACAAAUAGGGGAAAUAGGUAUUUGGAAAGGGCUAAGGAAGAAUGCAAACAAGAAUAGUGUGUGUGUGUGAGAGAGAGAGAGAAAGAGUGGGAGAUUUAAAAAUUAGAGUAUAUCAAGGUCAGUAGUAAGCGUAGGGUGCAGUAUAAAAUUUUGUGUCUUGGAGAGAAGAAUACAAAGAUAAAGGGACUUUUUAUUUUAGAAUUUUACUGUUGACUACUAUAACCUUUUAGGGAGGCGGGGUGAUAAAUUUCUGCCUCAACUAGCAGGCAUAACUAGGCAGCCAAGUAUAAAGUUUCCAGAUUCUGAGGACUCCAAAUGAUGUAUAAUGGCCCUGGCCAGUUACUGAAAGAGUUUGUUGUAAUUCUUGGGAAACUGCACAAGUGCAUGUAGUGGUGGCAAUUGUAGAGAUGAUUGUAUCACUUCUUUCCUGAUUUUGCACUAUUUUUGUAACAAAUAUAUGUUUGUGUGGAUGUAUGUAAGAACCUAUGAAUUCUCUGCAUGCUAUCAGAAUUGUAGACAUCUUUUUAUCAACGCAGAAAAAUUAUAUUAACACUAGUUAAACAUGUUUUUAAAUAUACAGGGUGAACAGUUAUUCAUCUUUAGAUACAACACUUUCCUUAUUGCAUAGAAUUGGUUGAGAUGAAACUGCAAGUAUGCUACUUAAAUUAUUUUUGCAGUGGAUAGAGCCAGUUAAUGUCCACUCAUAUUUCAGUGGAGAGUAAAAGCAAUUACUUAAUGUGCACUCAUAUUUCACUGGAAAGAUAGGGUCCCAUUAUUGUACAUGUAUUGAAGAUUAUUUAAACUUUUUUAUUCAGAUAUGGAAUAUAUUCUAAAAUAAGAUAUAUUGACUAAAGUUGAUGUAUGUUUGUAUACUAUGGCUCCACUUGAAUUAAAUGCUAAUGUUUACAACUCA